AUCAGUAUCUUGCUUUUUUCAUUGUAAUAAGCUAGCACAAUGUUUUCUUUUGGAAUCCACCGCCUUUCAGUUUUUCGAAAAAUAUCGAGAAUAGCAUUUGCUAAUAAGCACACUCUUCCAGAAUUGGGGUAUGAAUAUAAUGCAUUGGAACCAACAAUCAGCGGUCAAAUUAUGGAGAUACAUCAUCGCAAACACCACCAAGCUUAUGUAAACAACUUAAAUACAGCAGAAGAACAGUUAGCUGAAGCUCAGCAUAAAGGAGAUACGUCAAAGAUUAUUUCUUUAGCUCCUGCGUUAAAAUUCAAUGGAGGUGGGCACAUCAAUCAUUCCAUUUUUUGGACUAAUCUUUCGCCAAACGGUGGAGGAAAACCAACAGGUGAACUAUUAGAAGCCAUAAUAAAAGACUUUGGGUCUUUUGAGGCAAUGAAAACACGGUUAUCGUCUUCAGCUGUUGCAGUGCAAGGUUCAGGUUGGGGUUGGUUGGGAUAUGAUUCUGUCACUAAAAGACUUGCAAUUACAGCUUUACCUAAUCAAGAUCCUUUGCAAGCUACUACUGGGUUAAUACCGUUACUCGGUAUUGAUGUUUGGGAGCAUGCGUACUACUUGCAGUAUAAGAAUGUUCGUCUUGAUUAUGUCAACGCAAUAUUUAACAUCAUUGAUUGGAAAAAUGUAUCCGCAAGGUUUGUCGCAGCUAAAUGAAAUAAGAGCGAUGUCAUCUGGCUGUUAUCAUCUUCUGUAAAGAUAAUCUUUUAAUGAUUUUGUGUUCAAUUGAAUAAUAUAAGAAGAAAAAAGAACUCGAAUUACACAAAAGUCUUUGAAACUUUGUUACAUUAUAAAGUUAUUUUAUUCGAAAUUCAAUUAAAAAAGAUA